AUGUUCACUGACAAACACCCGUACAAAAGAUCCUUGGAGAGCGAUGAUGAUCAAGAGCUAGAGUGGCAGACGAACAGAAAAGCACUAUCCGAUUCAAGAAGAAAACUACUCAUUCGUCAAGGCACACUUCUGCUCGGGCUUUUCUUAGCGGUACUGCUGGGUCUAUCUCUUAUCGCCAACUUAGCACCGGUGACUCGGCAAACGACGAUAGCUACAUGGACUUCUUGCGGAAAUGACCCUUCCACCGCACGCUCUCGUGGCUGCUCCUUCGAUCUAAUCUCAUUCGCAUGGCAGACACCAGAAUGCUACGACGGCGAACUAGUGUCCGAAUUCACCUCUUGGAAAGGCAACUGGACGUUCUACUCGGAUGUACAUCUCACGGCACCAGUCGGCCAGCGCGUCGCGAUGCAUGGCGAGACACAGCUAUAUGUCAAGUGGGAGUAUCAUAUUGUCCACUGCACUUUCAUGUGGCGGCAGAUGCAUCGAGCGUAUGAAAGGGGAUGGAUCGAUGCACACUUGGGCAAUUACAAUCACACACUGCAUUGCCAGCAGAUGAUUUUGAUGGACGCAGAUGAGACGAAGACGAUAGCCACGGGGGCGAGAGUGAUAUACCCUGAAUGCUUACCAGUAGAUGGGACUCAGUCGGCAAAGAUUGGUGCAUUAAGUAGUGGCGAGUAUGAGCCUCCACUCGCCGUAAACGGGAGGUGA